AAAGUGCAGAAAAGAAAAAUUGAGGUGAGAUAGGAAUUUUGAUUCUGUCUUCACAGUUGAAAUGAUGAGAGGAGCUUUCUUCUCCAAAUUUUCCCUCUUUCGCAAAACUAAGCCAUUUCCCAAUUUCUCUUCUCCCUUCUCAACAACCUCUAAACUUAACAUCUUCGAUCGCCAACUCAAACGCAAACAGCGCGACCGUGCCGCAUGGUUGAUGCCUCAAAAUGAUCCUUUGCUUAACACAGUUGCUGAUAAUCUCUUAGAUCGCUUGCAGGAUUGUAAGAAAACUUUUCCCUCAGCUUUAUGUUUAGGGGGCUCAUUGCAAGCCAUCACAAACUCUCUUCACAGUGGUCGCGGUGCCAUAGAAAAGCUUAUUGUCAUGGAUCCGUCCAAUGACAUGGUACAGCGCUGUAAAAAUGCUGAUCGUGUGUCCAAUGAAGAUAACAUGGAGAUGAUGUUUGUGGUUGGUGACGAAGAAUUCUUGCCUAUCAAAGAAAGCUCUGUGGAUUUGGUUAUUAGUUGCUUGGGGCUACAUUGGACUAAUGAUCUUCCAGGAGCAAUGAUACAAUCUAUGUUGGCAUUGAAACCUGAUGGCCUAUUUUUAGCAGCUAUCUUCGGAGGAGAAACAUUAAAGGAGCUCAGAAUAGCUUGUACCAUAGCACAAAUGGAGCGUGAAGGAGGGAUCAGUCCCCGAGUUUCACCUUUAGCACAGGUUCGAGAUGCUGGGAAUCUAUUGACUAGGGCAGGCUUCACCCUUCCAAGCGUUGAUGUUGAUGAGUACACAGUUAAAUAUGAAAGCGCCCUCGAGCUUAUAGAACAUCUCCGUGCAAUGGGUGAAACAAAUGCACUUUCCGAAAUGAACGUGAUCCUUAAGAGGGACACAGCCUUAGCAACUGCAGCUAUUUAUGAUUCAAUGUUUGCAGCAGAAGAUGGCACUGUACCUGCAACCUUCCAGGUUAUAUACAUGACGGGAUGGAAGGAACAUCAUUCUCAACAGAAACCAAAACGAAGAGGAUCAGCUACUGUUUCUUUCAAGGAUAUUCAGACACAAUUUGCCAAUCAAAGUUGAUUUUUUUUUUCUUUUGGAUUUUUUAUGUCACAUAAAAGUUGUUAUAAAUAAAACAUAGUAGUCAUUUUAUCUA